AAAAUCCCACCGUUUUCUCUCCCAUCUCCCAUCUCCCAUCUCCCUCCUCCCUCAAUCUCUAGAUAAACCAAAACAGUCUUUCAUAUUCCAGUCUCUUCUUACUAUCAACAAUGUCGGCCUUCAAGGGAAAGUACCAUGAUGAGCUCAUUGCUAAUGCUACCUACAUUGGCACCCCUGGAAAGGGUAUCCUUGCUGCUGAUGAGUCAACUGGCACAAUUGGCAAGCGCCUUUCAAGCAUUAAUGUUGAGAAUAGUGAGACGAACAGACGCGCCCUCCGUGAGUUACUCUUCACCACCCCUGGUGCCCUCCAAUACCUCAGUGGAGUGAUUCUCUUUGAGGAAACCCUCUACCAAAAGACAGCUGCUGGUAAGCCAUUUGUUGACGUUUUAAGGGAAGGCGGUGUUCUCCCUGGCAUCAAGGUUGACAAGGGCACUGUUGAGCUUGCUGGUACCAAUGGUGAGACCACAACCCAGGGUCUGGAUGGCCUUGGAGAGCGUUGCAAAAAGUACUAUGAAGCUGGUGCUCGGUUUGCAAAAUGGCGUGCUGUGCUCAAUAUUGGCCCCAGUGAGCCAUCUCAGCUCUCAAUCAAUGAGAAUGCCAAUGGGUUGGCCCGAUAUGCUAUCAUCUGCCAGGAGAAUGGCCUGGUCCCCAUUGUUGAGCCAGAGAUCCUGGUUGAUGGAUCCCAUGACAUUCACAAGUGUGCUGAGGUGACCGAACGUGUUCUUGCUGCAUGCUACAAAGCUCUUAACGACCACCAUGUUCUGCUUGAAGGAACUCUCUUGAAGCCUAACAUGGUGACUCCGGGAUCUGAUUCACCAAAGGUUGCACCAGAGGUGAUUGCUGAGCACACAGUCCGUUCCUUGCAGCGCACCAUGCCUGUGGCUGUUCCUGCCGUGGUUUUCUUGUCCGGUGGGCAGAGUGAGGAGGAGGCUACCCUCAACCUCAAUGCCAUGAACAAAUUGAAGGGGAAGAAACCAUGGACUCUAUCCUUCUCUUUCGGACGGGCUCUUCAGCAAAGCACCCUCAAGGCUUGGGCAGGAAAGGAGGAAAAUAUUAAGGCGGCACAGGAGGCUUUCCUCACCAGGGCAAAGGCCAACUCGGAAGCGACAUUGGGAACCUACAAGGGUGAUGCCAAGCUUGGUGAGGGUGCUGCAGAGAGCCUUCAUGUCAAGGACUAUAAGUAUUGAUGCAGAGCUGUGUAAAAGCCAAUGAUUUUGCUCUUACAAAAACGGUGUUUUGGUGUCGUAGUGUAGGUUCUUUUUCAAGUUUUCUUUCUAAUCUCUGCCUUGACGAGAUUAUUGCCAGUUACUAGUAGAAUAUGAUAAAAGCUUGAGGAACGGUUUGCAAGCAUGAAGAGUUUUUUGUUGUUUAUGUCGCUCGUUUUGGUUGGUGAAGUGCUCAUGCUCAUGUAUUUGGGUAAUCUGCUUUUAUUGCCAAGUUUUUCGUACCUAUUUUGUACUUCUUUUUAUCUUUCUGACCCAAUUCUUCUUAGAUUAUCCAAGGUUUUUCUUUAGUGCUAAUCAUAAGGUUAUUGUUUCUUUCUAAUCUCUGCCUUGACGAGAUUAUUGCCAGUUACUAGUAGAAUAUGAUAAAAGCUUGAGGAACGGUUUGCAAGCAUGAAGAGUUUUUUGUUGUUUAUGUCGCUCGUUUUGGUUGGUGAAGUGCUCAUGCUCAUGUAUUUGGGUAAUCUGCUUUUAUUGCCAAGUUUUUCGUACCUAUUUUGUACUUCUUUUUAUCUUUCUGACCCAAUUCUUCUUAGAUUAUCCAAGGUUUUUCUUUAGUGCUAAUCAUAAGGUUAUUGUUUCUUUCUAAUCUCUGCCUUGACGAGAUUAUUGCCAGUUACUAGUAGAAUAUGAUAAAAGCUUGAGGAACGGUUUGCAAGCAUGAAGAGUUUUUUGUUGUUUAUGUCGCUCGUUUUGGUUGGUUAAGUGCUCAUGCUCAUGUAUUUGGGUAAUCUGCUUUUAUUGCCAAGUUUUUCGUACCUAUUUUGUACUUCUUUUUAUCUUUCUGACCCAAUUCUUCUUAGAUUAUCCAAGGUUUUUCUUUAGUGCUAAUCAUAAGGUUAUUGUUUCUUUCUAAUCUCUGCCUUGACGAGAUUAUUGCCAGUUACUAGUAGAAUAUGAUAAAAGCUUGAGGAACGGUUUGCAAGCAUGAAGAGUUUUUUGUUGUUUAUGUCGCUCGUUUUGGUUGGUGAAGUGCUCAUGCUCAUGUAUUUGGGUAAUCUGCUUUUAUUGCCAAGUUUUUCGUACCUA